AUGGAAAGUGGCCAGCCCAGUCGGAAAAGCUCGAGCCGAGGCGCAGAAGAUACUGUCGACGAGGUCGUGGCAACGGCAGCUCAGCACGAGUCGUGCGAGCUUCCGUUUGCCACGUAUCUGUGGCAAUGUGCACAGACACCCUCUGACAAGCACGGGAGUUUUGCGUCCUCCUGGUGUCACAACCUCUUCGAGCACUUUCGGCCAGGUGAAACCGUGGCUGUGGACAAUCACAGCAACAAGAGGCACUGUCACGCUACCGUCUUAGCCCCACGACCUGAAGGCCUUUCGACAUAUCCCGGGCCAGUCAACCAUGACGAGCUGUUUGUUGGCCUUCGGAGGAGGAUCAUGCAGGCAGAUCAGAUGCAAGUUCUUCUGCAGAGCGCUGAUGGGAGAAUUUUCGGCUGCUCAUCCGGACGGGUGGUGCGCGUCUUGCCAUCAUCUCCGCCAAGAGUUCUUGUGGUCUACGACACGACGACGUACCGGAGGCUGGCCAAGACUCAAGUGGGAAAGGAUGACGGCAUUCUCGAGGUGGGAUCUUCUUUCGGGGAGUGCACCAGCAUCUUGGCUUCUCAUGCAGCCGUAGUCAUUGGCGUGGACAACAGCUCCAAACUCGUCGAGGAGAGCUGCCGGCGGUACCCGGAAUGCCGUUUCGAAUUGCUCGAUUGUUUCAAAGAGCCUGCACCACUACGAUUGCUUUGUGCUGAGAUACAGCAAGCAUCGAGCAAUUUCAAGCUGUUUGUCGACAUUGGCGGCGACCGCAUGACGAGUGGCGUGUGCCAUGCCCUGGUUGUGCUGGAGUCUUUGUGGUGCGGACCGGGGUCGAGGCUCAAGCAGCCUUCUCUUGUAGUCGUCAAGAGUGAAGGCUUGUCUGAAGCGGCUGCGGCGGCAUGCGAUUCUCAGAGCUCGAUCUGCGACAUGGCUAAUUGGUGGCAGACCUGCGCAAAACCAUCCGGUAGUAGAAGACAGCUCAAGAAGCAAUCGCACACCACCGAAAUGUUGAAACAGAUGCCUGCUUGUCCAUGA